AUGGCGGCUACUGGUAGUGAUGGGUUUGAGGAUGAAUGUUUCAAUUUCACUUCAAUUUUUUCAUAUGAUAAUCCUCCGACAAUGUUGUGUUUUGGAGAUUAUGGCAAAGAAUGUGAUUUGAAGAUUGUGGAGAAUUCUGCUAAAAUGGCUGAAAAAUCUGGAGUUACAUGCAGUGAUUCAUCCUCCACUUCUUCAACAAAUUACACACUACCAAAAUGCAAGAAAAGAUAUGGGUUGGGGAGUGCAGAAUCCAUUCUGAACUCCGGCGUUAAUUCCAGAGCUCCUGCAGAAAUCCAGAAAUACUGUAAGAAAACUAAGUCGACAAACUCAACUGUCUCUGGCCAUGCGAAGGAAAAGAAAGAGAAGCUUGGUGAAAGAAUCACUGCGUUGCAGCAACUUGUGUCACCCUUUGGCAAGACAGAUACAGCAUCAGUGCUUCAUGAAGCAAUGUGUUACAUAAGGUUUCUUCAGGAUCAGGUUCAGGUUCUAUGUUCUCCUUACAUGCACUCUCUGCCAGAGGACAAAGAAAUGAUGGGGGAGAGUGAAACCGAAACAAGAAAUGAUCUAAGAAGCAAAGGGCUGUGUCUGGUUCCUGUUGAGUUAACCCUACAUGUAGCAGACUCCAAUGGAGCUGAUUUCUGGUCGUCUUCUACGGUGAACAAUAACGUUUUGUCAAACUAA